UGAAAUGGAAGGCAGAUCCUGAAGGAGGAUGAACAGUGUGAUUUAUUUUCACUGUGAUUUAGCAAAGAAGCUUCUGACACAGAAGCUGGCUGUGCUCUGUAUGUUUUAUGAAACCCUGUGUUUGUAAAUAAUACAUUUAUAUUGGAAGCUGAACAUUUCUUCAGUUGUUGGAGCUGUUGGAGGACAGAACACCUGAAUGCCGGCCAACACCAAGAGUGAACUGCUGUUGAUGGAGCCCACUGAACCAGAGGCAUCAUGGACGCCGUGGCCUGCAGAGAUGACCUGAGGAAUUCUGCAGGAGGGAUGAAGAGGAGGAUGAAGAGCUGGUGGAGAUGCUGCUCUGGGGCUUCACACUGAGGGGCGGCACAGAGAGCCUCUGGUCAUCACUAAGGUGGAGGAGGGCAGCGUGGUGAUGAAAUGGUGAGCGUGAGCGGCGUUCCCCUCAGCGGCUCCCGUCAGGAGGCCAUCUGUCUGGUGAAGAGCUCACACAAGACCCUGACCCUGGUGGUCCGAAGGAAGAAUGAUCCGAACUCACGCCCGCAUUCCUGGCACUCCUCCAAGCUGACAGAAGAGGAGUCGGAGUCCGCCAGGCGAGACGCCACCACGGCAUCGGCCUGGCAGCCAAAACAUGACGCAAGGCCCAAAGAGUCUAAUGAAGGGGACCAGAACUCCCAGUGUCAGCUAACCAGCCGGUUGAGCUCAGGGAACAACAUGGAGAAGCUGGAGCGUCCCUCUCAUCCAUUCCCACCAGGUCGUCUUUCCCCGAACAAAUACAUCAGCAGUGCUGAGCCGCUCUGUGGACCAGGAGGCAAAAGAGACUCCGCCUUCAGCUGUUUCUCCAUCACCUCCAGUCCUCCUGUUCAUGACCACAGAACAUCUGUUAGGAAGGGUACCAGCACUGAAAACAUUUUCUUCAAGGGCCCUCAGCAGGCGGAUCGGCCCAGGUACCCACAGCCGACGCUGGGGACCGGAGGCUGGGAGGGGUCCCGGGGCGAGGAGCAGACUGCCUCUCGGGUGUCUGUUGCAGGGAGGCCCAGCGUGGGCCCAGUGUGGCAGGUACCAGAGAAGAAGUCCCAGUCUCCUCCUCCACCACCGCCUCCCCUGCGCAGUGACAGUUUUGCGGCCACAAAGGUUUUCCCGUACCCUGAAGGGCCCAGUGGUCCUGCAAAGACCCACGGCAGGUCCUUUGAAAAACUGACAGAAAACCACCUCAGAUCUCAGCCGGAGAAACCCUCACAGGCCAGAUGUAGCUUCAACCCCCUGCCCGCCAAAGACUUCCUCCACCCCGACACGGCUGCCGACCACAACCACAACCAGCUGCACGCCAACAAACUCUUCUCACUGUCCAGCAACGAUGUCAGACAGUCUCAUUACACACAGCUACCUGCCCACCAGAGGCAACACAGUGACGAAAGCCCCUUCUCCGUGCAGACCAGGUCAGCACCUCCCACCAAGAUCCAGAGUGUAGGAAGCUACUAUCGCAGCCUCCAGGAUCUGCCCACAAACAUCUUCAGCCGGAAACACGUGCGGCACUCCACAGCAUCCAUGGCAAGCUCUCUUGCAAACCCAAACCAGGAGAACGGGGGUCACAACCGAUACUACGGCCUCGUAACCAAGCAUGUGGUUCAGACUGCUGAGCUCCAUGUUAGGCACGGCAAAGCAGAGGUUCGGAGGGGGGAAACGGAGAAACCGCAACGGGUUAACAGCAAUGAACCAGGCUUCCCAAGUACCUUAAAGACAAAUGGUAAGACGAAAUACCCUCUACCUCAGUCCCAGCUGCCUUAUGGUGACGUUAAGGAGCGCAGUGGUCAUUCCCAUCCGGGGAACGGCCUACAUUAUGACCGCCAGACCUCUGAACUUUCCAAUCAAAGCCGCGGCCUCGAGGAUGCUGCAAAGAGAGGUGAAGGGCACGUUAAUGACCCAAAAAGACACGUCACAACACAUCACGGUAAUGAACAUAAGGUCGGUCUUUCACGGCACAAAGACCCAUGGGUGCCGCAAGAAGACCACCGAAUAUCCCCCCUGAAAACCCCUCUUCUCCACUCGCUGGCGCAGGAGAGUAGAAGUCUGGCCGCGAGGCAACCAGCAGCUACGACCACGGUUUCCACACAGGAUGCCGGUGACACCGUGGCAGCCAACAGUGGAAAAACGAACCGCCGCAGCGACCGUUAUGCCACCACCCUCCGCAACGAGAUCCAGCAGAAGCGAGCCCAGCUGCAAAAGAGCCGCAGCGCUGCGACCCUGACAUGCGAUGAGGAGGCAGAGGAGUGGAGAGCCACAAAGACAUCUAUGUCUUCUGGUGUCUCCUCCUCCAACACCUACAAGGACCACCUGAAAGAGGCGCAGGCCAGGGUCCUCCAGGCCACCUCCUUCCAGAGACGGGACCUUGAGCCUCUUGGACCAGAGGCGCCGGUCGUUAAAACCUCCAAUGGACGCAUUAGAGGACGAAAGCGCUUCCCCCUGGCCAAGAGGAUGCACUCCUUCUCAGAGCCUGACAAGAUAAACAAAGUGGGAGUGGAGGGAGAACCUCAGACGGGGUCUUUCGGAGAGCGGAGGAAGUUCUUUGAGGCCAAACCAGCGUUUUCCAGGCCCGUGCUGAAGUCCAGUCAGGGUGCAAACUUGAACGUGGAGCUUGGUGAGAUGGGAAAACCCAAAGAGAGAACCCCCUUUGCAGAGGAGGAGGCUCACCCAUCUGCAGAUCCCACACACCUCAGCCCCGGACACAAGCAGGUCUUGGUAGACCAGCAGAGGCUUGGGACCUUCGCUGAGUACCAGGCUACGUGGAACAAACAGAAGAAGUCACCAGAGGCCAAGACGCAAGGGCGGUAUCACUCAGCGGAGAACAUCUUGGAUGCAGAUGCAGAGGAGGAGGCUGUGUGCGUCCACGAGAGAUCCCGGUCCUCUCCCUCUGCAGACUUCUAUACACAGAAUAUUCCUUCUCCAUGGAGAGACCCUCACACCCAGCAGAGCAGUUACAGAGGAAAAACGGAGAGCAGCCUGCGAUGCCAGCCCGACCGCAGCCCACAGUCGGUCCCUUCAGUCCCCAGAAACGAGGGCCCGGUCCCAGGCCUCGCUGACCACAGGACCAAACCAGACGCUGCCAAUCCCUCCCACACAACUCACUCCUCCGGCCCUCGCAGCCUCAGCCCCGACCCAGGAUCCCAGUACCCAUCCCAGCUUCCACAAACUAAGGGCCUCCUGCCUCCGCCCAGGCCCCAUUUAGGCCCUGAAACCACAUCCUCCUCCCAGGAAUUCCUCACUGGCGCCCAGGCAGACCCGACAGCGCUCCAGCCUCUGUCCAGCUGCAGCUCGGACACCCAGCACCAUGCUGCUGCCCAGAACUCCUCCGCUGGCCCCGCCUCGCCCAGCGCCCCUCACCUCAGCAGCACGUCCAGAACCAACGUGAGCAGAGGAGGUGGAGGAAACGAGGUGGAGAAGGAGCAACUGCAGCCACCUCCCUCGUCCUCCCUGCUCUCCUCCUGGACAGCAGCUCCGUCUUUUCCUGUGACAGACAGAGCACGGUCUCCCUCGCCACAGUUUGCACCGCCGAGACUGACGGACAAACCGCCGGCCGUGUCCGUGCAGCACGACUCACCUCUCAGGUCAGAAAAUGCUUUGAAGCGGACAGCAGAGAUGGAUGUGAACAGUCCGGUGAGGAAAGUCCCCGUGAGGAUCGUCCACGCUGAGUCCAGCUCGGAGCGAGAAGGCCGGGCCUACCUGCCUCAGAGCAGCGAGACCUGCAGCGUCUUCCAGCCUCCGGUCCACGUCCCCUCCCUGAGCGCCGGCGAGCGCCCGGCCUCCUCCCUGUUCAGCGCCUACACCCGCCAGGACCCGGCUCAGGCUUCGGUGUCAGUCCAGGAGUCCAGUCCGGCGGCGGCUCGGCGCUCAGAGGAGGACGCCAAGAGAGAGGAGCUGGCCAGGGACAUCAUGGGUAAAGACAAGUCCCUGGUGGACAUCUUGGACCAGAGUGGCAGGAAGACCACCAUGGACCUGAUGGAAGGACUCUUCCCCACAGAGGAGCAGGUCCUGGAGGGGAACCACCAGCGCAGGAGGGCCUCCUCUGGAUCCAGACUGCCCACCUCCUCCCCCAGGAGCAUGGACAGGAGGGAGGAGGAGGACUUGUCCGUCUCAGCAGCCUCCCUGGUCCCCAGCUCCUCAUACUACAACACAUCGGCUCCCAAAGCCGAGCUCCUCAUCAAGAUGAAGGACAUGCAGGAGCAGCUGGAGGAGCAGGACUCUGAGGACGAGCUGGACGUCGACCUCGCCAGUAAAAAGCAAGAGCUGAUCUCCAGCCUGGCCAGGAAGCUGGAGGUUCUGCGUGAGGCCCGGCACAGCCUGCAGGAGGACGUGGAGGACAACGAGGCUCUGGGCCGGGAGGUGGAGGCCACGGUGCAGCGUCUCUGUCAGGCCAACCAGCUCGACAAGUUCUGCAUGUUCGUAGGCGACCUGGACAAGGUGGUGAGCCUGCUGCUGUCGCUGUCGGGGAGGCUCGCCCGGGUGGAGAACGCCCUGAACAGCCUGGAGGACGAGGCCCCGCAGGAGGAGAAGAGAACGCUGACGGAGAAGCGUAAGCUGCUGAUGCAGCAGCACGAGGACGCCAAGGAGCUGAAGGAGAACCUGGACCGUCGGGAGCGGCUGGUUUCCGGCAUCAUGGAGGCCCACCUGGACCCAGAGAGCCUGGACGACUACCGACACUUUGUGAAGAUGAAGUCAGCGCUCAUCAUCGAGCAGCGCAAACUGGAGGACAAGGUCAAGCUGGGCGAGGAGCAGCUGAAGUGCCUGGUGGACAGUCUGCCGCUGGAGCAGAGGCCGCUGUUCUGACCCCUUCACCUGGAAGAGCAUCUGGUUCUGCAGGAGAAACACUGGAUCCAGAUGGAGGCACAUUCGAGGGAGCUACAUGGAGCAUUUUGUUAUUUAUGUCUUCGUUAAAAGAGGAUUUCAUGCCAGUGGUAUUGCUUUUCAAGAAUUAAUACUACAUUUCCCACGUGGCCCUUUUUCACCAAAUAGUUCUCGGAACAAAGGAGCCUCAGGAACUAAAUCAGGUCUUUUUGACCCGUAAUUGAUUAAAUACGACGGCUGCUUUGAGGCCCAAUCUUUGCACAAUGACUAGACAAGAACACAGACGUUGUGUUUUCAUUCUUGUUCUUCUGCUUUGGUACGCAUCUGUAUUAAUACUGAAUAAACUAGACUUGCAGGGAAAGUUCCUGAGUUCCUAAAAAGGUUCCAGGGUUCCUGAAAAAGUAAAACAAUGGGCUCAUGGUCGCAGAAGAAAUGUAUUUUAUUGACUGAAGAGGAUAAACAAAAGAUUAAAUGUUGACUUUUCAUUCCCUCUGCAGAAACUCUUAAUUUAGACAUUAAUUCCAGUUUGUUCUGGAAGUUCCCUUAAUGUACAUUUAGUCCAGAG